CUGAAGAAAGGGUUAGGUUUACAGCGUCUCCUAUCCUCUCCCCGUGCGGCAGCGCUGCAAGGCGGCGGUGGCGACGGCGGCGGCGCACCCUCGAAGCAGCUUCUGCUCGGCGGCGCACCCUCGAAGCAACUUCUCUCCUCGCCGAGAAUCGAAGCCCCUGCACUACCGCUGCCACCACUCGCCAUCAUAUUCCGUGAAUCUUGCAUGUGAUAUGGAUUCAGUUCCAGAAAUUGUGGUGGACAGUCGUGAUAGUUUAGUAGCAGGCCAGUCAAGUCGAUCUUCCAAGAGAGGGGCUGAAGUUUGGAAAUUUGUUGAUUCAGAAGUGGUCGAUGGUAGAGAGAAGGCGAUAUGCAAAUACUGUAAAAGGCACCAAUCACCUCAAUAGACAUAUUGGAUUUCACUGUCAUGCUAUUCCGCAAGAAGAUAGAGAUAGAUUCUUAGCAACACUAAAAACAAAGUCUAUCAAUGGUGAUCAGGUUGUCUUUGAUCCAGAAGUGUUUCGUAUUUUGAUAGCCAAAUAUUUUCUGUGCGGAGAUUGCAUUUCGAAAAGCAGAUGAUCCUAAUUGGAAAAACUUGAUAAACUAUUGUCAGCCAUCAUUUAGAGUUGUUGGUCGUCAAAGUGUGCGUACAUAUUGUGUUUUGCUAUAUGAAGAGGAGAAGCUGCAGCUGAUGGAAAAAAUUCAAAGGAUUUAAAGGACAAGUUAGUCUCACAGCUGAUUUAUGGUCUUAUCAGAAUUUGGGCUACCUAGGUGUUACGGCACAUUUUAUUGAUGAGGAGUUUGAGCUGCAGAAGAAAAUCAUAUCAUUCAAGCAGAUUUCUUUCCCACAUACAUCAUAUGCAGUACAUGAUGGGAUUACCUCAUGCUUGGUAGAGUGGGACUUGGUUGGCCAUCUGUUUACUUUGACAUUAGAUAAUGCAACUGUGAACAACAGAGCAGUAAAAGACAUGCGUGAUGCUUUAGGUUCUGAGAUGUUCUUCUAAGGUGAACACCUGCAUAUGAGGUGUGCUGCCCACCCAUGUUUUCAAAUCGUCUAGUCGGACCUAGUCGCCAUGGGACCGAUCUGACGACUAGUCGCGAUUAGUCGUCGAUCUGGCCGAUUAGUCGAGCCUAGUCGGUCCUAGUCGUCUGGCUAGUCGUCCUAUGUGUCCCAGGACCGAUAUGAUAUAUGUACUGCAUAUUACUUAAUAAAAAGCAAGCAUGAAGGCAACAAUGAUGGUCGAUUUUUCACUUACUUGUCAGAGAUGAUUUGUGAAUUGUCCAGAACUUUGUCUCAGCCUCUAUAUACCAAAAACCUAAUGGGCCACCUUGCGAACCGUCACCGGCCCAGGCCCACAACUCAAAUAGCCCACAAAACAAUCUCAAGUCCGAUCGUUUUCCAACCUGAUCGGCGCGACUAAUCGCGACUAGUCGACGACUAGUCGGACGACUAGAAAACUAGUCACCCAAACCUACUCGGUGUCCCUUAUCGGGGUCACCGGACCGAUAAGCCCGACUAAUCGCGACUAAUCGUGAUUAGUCGGACGACUAGAUAACACUGCUGCCCACGUGCUGAAUAUUAUGGUCCACAUAUGUUUAAAGGUCAUUCUUAAUGCAAUUUAUAGAGUGAGGGAUAACAUCAAGGUUGUCACAUUGACACCAUCCCGGAUGCAGGCUUUCAACACAAUUGUACAAACUUCAGGCCUCAAAGCAAAGUCAGGACUGAAUCUGGAUAUUCCACACCGUUGGAACUCAACAUAUGACAUGCUAAACGAAGCAUUGAAGUACAAGGUGGCUCUGAACAGAUAUGCAGCUGAGCAAUAUCAUGAAGCUCCAAGUGAUUAUGAAUGGGCAAAUGUGGAAGCUCUUCAUGGUUUUCUUCAAAAGUUUAGCGAGGCUACUAAAGUGUUUUCUGCGGAUAGGCAUCCUACAUCCCACCUUUUCUUGAAAAUGCUGCUAGCCAUCCGAGAUGUCUUGCUCGAUGAGACGUGGAACACUAAUGAACUACUCCAUGAAUUUGCUAAUAGGAUGUAUAUCAAGUUCCAGAAGUAUUGGACAAAUCCUAAUAUGGUUCUUCUCAUAGCUGUUGUGCUAGAUCCUUGUAUGAAAGCUGACUUCAUCAAGUUCUACUUCCACACCAUUGGUGAAAAUGUUGAUCUGAAAAUGAGAGAGUUAAAGUGGUACUUGAAGAAGUAUUACCUAGAAUAUGAAAAUAUUGUGAGGAUCCACACUUUACCUGUGUUCAAUAUAUCUAAUGAGCAGGCCACAAGCGAGUCUGCUGAGUCUGGUACUAGUUCCUUAGGACUGGUAUGUGGUAAAAGACGUGUGGAAUUUGCAUUUGUCCAAUUUGUAUCACAAAACUCAGAUGCUCGUUCAGAACGAUCAGAGUUGGAUGUUUAUUUGGAGGACCCUAGAAUCCUUGUGAGGCCAGAUGAGAACUUUAAUGUUAUAGCAUGGUGGAAGAAGAAUUCAGAUGCAUAUCCAAUCUUGUCUUUGAUGGCUAGAGAUUUUCUUGCUAUCCCUGUGAGCACAGUAUCCUCAGAAUCCGCGUUUAGUGCUGCUGGAAGAAUCCUUGGUGAACAUAGGACUUCACUCUCCCCUGAAACUCUUGAAGCCCUAAAUUGUUCUAUAAAUUGGUUGAUUGGAUUUGACUAUGAAGAGGAAGGCGAACCAUUCAGUGGACAGAGGAUGUUCGGUUCAGAUGACGAAGAAGAUGAUGAAUGA